AUGGCAUCCAAGAUGGUGUCCAGAAUCAUCCUUCUCCUUACCCUCCUCGUGGGCCUCGUGCUCUCGUUGAACACGACUGACACGACUGACACGAUUGACACGAUUGACACGACCGAGUUCUUCGAGCUCACCGCACGAGACGACGGCAUCGAUCUGGACGUUCGUCGGGACAAGUCUGUCCGGCCCAAAAGAGCAAAGCCACCAGGCUUCGACAGCUACCUCUGGAGCUCAAUCGCUACAUUCACAGGCGACUUGACCGACGGUAAUCUAGUCCAGAUAGCCGAUGACGCGCACAAACGCAUGCGAGACCACUGGAAAACCGAGAGAAUCGACGUCACGAAGCAGCCGACCGUGAUGACGGCCUUGAAGGUCGGCCGCAGCGUCUACCUCGCUUCCUCCACCAAGGGCAACCCGCCGGUGGUGUACGAGCGCCGCCGGGGUCAGGAUGGUAAAGGCGACGUGAAAAAAGCGGUACCGGAUGAGCUGGCCAACGCGCUCACGGCGUGCUUGAACAGUCGGGGAUCCAAGGAACCGCAACAUCAGAAUGAGGCGCAGUGCGGCGAGGUCAUGGCCAUCUUUGCCUGGAUCAAACAGAAUCCAGGGCAGAAGAUCUCGGACCAGGAAGCCGUUAUCAUUGCGUGGGAGUACAAGGAAGACUCACAGUCGAAAAAGGUUAUUGCUAAUGGCAUCAAGCCUCCCUGCAAUAGUAGAGAUUUCUGGGGCUGCAAGUCCUUGCUUCCUAAGUUGAAAAUCCGAGAAGUGAAGAAGGGCGUCAAGGGGGAGCCAUACUCAAAGCCGACGGAGAUACGGCAGCAGGCACUCCUCGGAAGCUGUGCAUUGACGUGCACGGGCACGCCGGACAGCCGGGGCACCACGCGGGAGGCCAUCAUGAAGCAUGUGGACGACAUUUGUGAACGCAUGUCCAAAGACAAUAGAGGGAAGCGCUUCAAAGGUUUUUCGGAGGAAUAUAAGAACGCUGGAGGAACGACUGUCAACGCCCUGAAGAUCUCUCUGGAAGAGGGAGCGGACCAAGGCAUUGCAAGUAAAGCUGAGUGCAAAAAGAACUUCCAGAAAACCAUCGACGAAUGCGACACCAAUACCAGGACUCAAAAGAAAGGUGGUCGAAUCGGGGAUGGGAGAUUGAUCUACUCCUGGUCGACUCAUGCAGACGAAUCGAAAGUGAAGUGUCAGAAACACGACAAGGACAACUAUACUCACAAGACCCGCGACUACUUCCUCGAAAAUAUCAAGCGGUAUUGCAAGGAUGGUCUGAAGCUGAAGGCCCAGGACCAGCAGGGUGAAAACCCUGACCAACCAAUGGUCAUGAACAGCGUCAAUCUGCUUGUCAGAUAUCCCGAGUCGCAAUCGGGCUGCCACACCGGCAAGGACCAUGAAGUAUCCGCUGAGGAUUGCGAGAGAAGCUUUAGGAUAAUUAUCGAUGAGUGCGACACUAAUACUCGCGAGGAGAAAUGGGGCGGUUCGCGUAUCUACGAUACGAAUGAUGGCUGCUUUGAUUACUCUGUUACUGGAUGGAAGGGCGAGGAAUCUCACCAUGGUUUGCCCCCGCCAACGUAG